UCCUAUGAUGGCUUUUUCAUUGCUUUCAUGGCUUUAUUUUGGUGAUUUCGAAAAGUGUAUUGGUUUACCCAUGUUUGUUUGUUGUAGUACAGAGUUAGACUGAUGGCCUUAAUCUAAGUUGUCUUGUGGUUGUUGUUUGACUUGCAUCCCACUGAGAUUUUUGCACACAGCGUUGGUGUACGGUGCUUUUUCUGCAAUAUUUUUGCUGUCUUUUCUUGAAUUUUCUGUUUGCACUUAGUCACAUAUUCACUUUAAGAUGUUUUAUGUUCAUGUUUUUUGUUUGUUGCCGUUGCACCCGAUUCAAGAGCUGAAUGGCUCACAGGGCUAUACCUAAUACAUGAAAAUGAAACUUGAUUAAUCGCGAGGCGAGCGAUAAUCGAUACAGCCUUAUUCGGAAUCACCCCUGGAUCGAUAUCUCGUCCAAUGGGAGAGAGGGAGUGACGUCACCGCGGGCUGGGGUCAAAGGGCGCCCUCCCCCCUUCGCGGCUGUUGAUAGCCGGGCCGCCACCGCCGCUUUCCCCUCUGAGCGAUUCACAUCGGCAGCCGUCGCAUGCUGCAGCGGCCCGAGGCACAAGCGACCGCCCGGGCUCCAUGGAGGCGCAGGUUUCCCGCAGGCGCUCGCUGCUGGAGCUGCCGUGGGAGGACGUGCUCAUCCCCCACGUGCUGUCCCGCCUGCCCCUGGCGCAGCUGCUGCAGCUGCAGUGCGUGUGCCGCCGCUUCCGCGAGCUGGUGCGCCUCCAUCUGAGCGCGGCCCACUCGCUCGACCUCAGCCAGGUGGCGUCGACGUUCCCACGCACGUGCUUCUCCGAGCUGUUCCAGCACAGCAGCGCGCUGCGCGAGCUCGUGCUCACGGGCUGCUCCUCCUGGCUCACCGACGCCGAGCUCGUGCCCCUCGUGCGGCGCAACCUCCGCCUGCGACGCGCCGAGCUGGCGCGCUGUUCGCACCUCUCGCCGGCCGGCCUGCACGCGCUCACCUCCAGUUGCCCGGGCCUGCGGCGCGUCGGCCUGCGCGGCUGCAAGUGGCUGGAGCCGCUGUGCUUGCACGGCCUCGCCGAGCGCUGCCCGCAGCUGGAGUCGUGCGACGUGAGCGAGUGCCUGAGCGUGACGGACGAGUGCCUCGCACGCCUGGCGGCCGGCUGCCCAGGCCUCGUGUCGCUGGGCGUGGCGCUCGACUGCAGCCUCACGGACCGCGGCGUGGAGGCCGUGGCCAAGGGCUGCCCCCGACUGCAGCACCUCGACAUCUCGGGUUGCUUCCGCGUCACCAACGCUGCCGUGCGGACGGUGGCGGAGUACUGCCCGGCGCUGCGCUCCCUGUCCGUGAGCGGCUGUCAGAAUGUGACGGAGCCCGGCCUGGCGCGCCUGCGCGGCCGCGGCGUCGCCAUCGACAUCGAGUCGCCCCCGCAGCACGCCGUCAUCCUGCUGGGUGACCUGCUCGCCGCCGGAUACCUCCUGCCGUACAUCAACCUGCAGAUCUGAGCUCGGAUGGCUGCGGAGACUCGCCGUGUCGCGAGCGCCAGAGCCAACGCCGGCGGGUGGCUGGCUCGGGUUGGCAUCUUGUUUGUCGGCCCACCUCGUGAUGUGACCGAGCCGUUGAGUGUAGCGAGUUUUAAUCAUCUCGGUGCCAACACCAGAGACUGCACUAAGAAUUCAUGAUUUUAUAAAUCUUUUUUUUAUAUAGUUCAGCUCUGAUACAGUUACGAGCAAAUGCGUUUUGUGUACGUACGUCUGUCUUAAUUUGAGUCGGUGCCGUUUAUGUUAUGCGAGUUAUGUUUACCAAUCAUCAGGUGUGUGAUAUGUAACGACUGUUUUAAUGGACAAGAUUGGUAGAUGUGGAAUGGUGCACUGGUAGGCCGCGAAGACUGGAUUUUGUGGAAUCCUGUUCUGGAGGGUGUAACACAAGCUGGUGAUGCCUGUCACGUGUUUCUUCAUACGUGACUCUUUUAGUCAAAGUGUCUCCCUUAUGCACUGGGCAAUGCCAAUCUCUGUUGGCAGUCCUGGACCAGUGGGGGAAACACCACAUUUGUAUGGUUGUUCGCGUUAUAGGACAACUAUUGUUCACUUGCCACAAAGUGGUACUCAUUUUAACAACCCCAGAGGGGUGAUGGGCUCAGCCAACAUUUGGAACGGGAUUUAAACGUGUAACCUGCAAUGGUGUGGUUAGCCUCGCUGUUGUUGUGGUGCUACAUGGCUGCUAUUUUCACCUGUUCUAUCCCAGUUAUGUUCUUGACAUCAAGACUAAAGAAAUCAGGACAGUCUUCCGUAUCACAGGGGGAUGGUGCUGGUAAGUCGGUGCUGCAGGACUACUGGUGUUUAGCAGCUGUAUCGCCCACCAUCGGUUCACUUCACAUCUGUUGUAAAAUAUACUUGCGAAAAUGUAUCGCUAGCCCAAUCGUAGAAAUGUAACUUGUAUAAUGUCAUUUUGCAUAGCCCACUUGGUCACUGGGUUGAGAAUAUCGAACUUGCUGUACUUCAUAAUCUGGUUUCAUCUUCGUAGCGGAGGACUCGAACCCAGGUUUUCCGGUGUUAGAGGCUCAGUUUUGCAAGAGGGCAUUGCCUUCUGAGCCACCACCUGCAUUCGAUGUGUGUUUUUAAUGGACACAGUGAUUUGUGUCUCAUUUUACCAAGAUAUAAUGUGCUCUGGUUGAAAGAGUGUUGGUAUAACGACUAUGUGUUUGUGGAGCCACAGCCUGCAGGGCACAUUGCUCGUGAGUGAUUACUCCACGAAGCAGUCCUUUUAAGGAUGUCCGGAGAUAUUAUUGCAAUAUAAAAGGCUAAAUAAGGUAAUGAACCAAAUAUAUAUAUUGCACAGGUUCAUACUUUUAGAUGUUGUUUUGUGUUUUAACCAGCAUGCAUUGGACCCCAGAAUAGUGGCUUUACAUUAUAAAAAAUAAAAAAAAUAAAAGUUGCACUUUUUUCAGACACUAGUUAGUGGCAGUAAUUUGGCAGAAUUUGAACAAUAACAAAGUGCCUCAAAUAACAACAUGUAUGUUGUAUAUACACAGCAUAAAAUGAGUGUCAACUUGUACUAUGAAGAAAAACUGGCUUAAUGCAUAUAUUUACUCGUAAGAAUAACAUCUGUUUACCCAGGUAUGCCAUAACUCUGAGUGCAGACUUUGUCGAGGCCUGCUUGAAAUGUCUACAGGUUUGUGAUUGCUGUUGAAUCUGAGAAGAAACUGGUGUGACCCGAGAAAUCCCACACACGAGGGAAAAAAUAUUGAAACUUUUUUUUAAA